AUGUCAAAAGCCCGCGAAAUUCAAAUCGUAAGAAACCUCGGGCGCAGCUGGCACAAUGCUAUUCUUGAUGGAUAAGUAAGCUUAUUUUAAACUUUAUCUCCAUGAGCAAGCCAAAAUUUGCUUUGAACUUGAUCUUACAGUUCUUUCUACUGCCAGAAUAACCAUGUCUAUCUUCUUUUACAUCGAAGGGGUUUACUGUAGAACCAGCAGUUGAUUUUUAUUAUUCAUACUUUGCGGUUACAUUUUUAUACGAUCAAAGCCAUACAAAAUAAAAAUUUGCAGAGUAGAAUAUCGGUCGACUAUUUGAUUUUAUUAUGUGCAUUUUAACUAAUACUUUUUUUUAGGAAACCGAGCUUGCUCUGCCCUUGUCCAUUUCUUUCCUUCUUUUUGACUUUUGGUCAGGGGCUAACUCUUUCGCGUAUUUGACUUGCAAUUAUCGGACUGAGUCUUUGUGAGAACUUCCUUCGGACUUUGUUAAGACGACUUUUCUUCAAUUUUUUUGCAAGGUUUAGUUUUUGAUUGGCGUGAUACAGCGAGGCCUGGGAUAUAAGAUGGGAAACAUAAGUUAUAAAUAGUGAAACGGGGCGUGUGGUGGGCACUGGAGCGAUGUAAAGCUCAAAUUACUAGUUCCAAUAUGGAAAUUGGCUUUUUCCUCAGACGAAGAUCGGCAUGGGAGAUUGCGUCUCGAAUACCGCUACUUCCAGAUAAUACUCUUCUUUUCAGGCCAAUUUGGAAGCCGCCGUUUUUCCAUUCGGUCUUUCGAUGAGACUGUUAUGGAACGGCCACAAAAGCAGGAAAGUUGAUAUAUCUGCGCCUUUCAAUUUCCAGCAUCGAGUCCAUGCUUCCGUCGAUUCGGACACGGGUGAAAUAUACGGGUUGCCAAGAGUAAGUGUUUCUUCGCUCAGUUGUCUACGAAUUUAGCAAUGGAAAUCCGUCUUUGCAACGUCGAAGGAUCGACUCUUCAAACGUGGUCCAAUGAUUGUAACCGAUGCUGUUCUUGAUCGAAAUCUGGCUUCUUUAAGUAGGUUUUGUUACUUAAAUCAAUUUUGUUAAGCUAAUUUGGUCAAUGCAUCAAAUGGCUUCGCUACACCAAGUCGAUCUCAUCCCGGUCCCCAACAUCGAUCUCAAAAUGACUGCGUUAUCUCACCUUCCACUAGUAUAAAAUCUGUUAAUACCUCUGAUCCCUCAGCCAAUGGACAUUCUGCCCGACAUCGACAUCCCGUUAAUCCUGAAGACGUAAGACGAUUGUUAUGCUCUGAAAUUUAUCUUGGUUUAGGUUCGGCACACCCUGUUAUCCAUUGUCAAUCCAACUGACCCUCGAAAUGAUCUGUGUAAUAUAAAAAUGCUGGGACGGGGAUCUACUGGAACAGUAUCUCAUGCUUACAUGACCAGUAAACGCAGGAAUGUUGCUGUUAAACGAAUGGUUAUUAAAACUCAACAGCGUCCCGAACUCCUCAUAAAUGAAGUAAAUGUCAUGAAACGAUGCUCCCAUCCCAAUAUCGUCCAGAUGAUCAGUGCUCAUGUAGUCGAAGAAGAGCUCUGGAUUCUGAUGGAAGUGGCCACUGCCGGAUCUCUUACAAACUUUCUCUCUCAGAAAAGGUGAGUUGAAGAUUUUAGGUUUAAAAUAAUGAAAGUUGUAACUAAAAACAGAGAGUUUUUACAAUUAGGCCUUGUUGUCAUAGUAACUCCACUUGUUAAUGACAAACUUUAUCUCUUCGCUUUUCAGACUAACCGAAAUCUCAAUAGCCACCAUAUCGAAGCAAACCCUUGAGGCCUUAUCGUAUCUCCAUUCGAUUGGUGUCAUCCACCGCGAUCUCAAAUCCGAUUCAAUCCUCUUAACUCACAAUCGGAUUGUCAAACUUAGUGAUUUCGGAUUCUCCUGCCUUCUCACAAAUCAAGUGCCCAAAAGAAGAUCUCUGCUCGGAACUCCAUAUUGGCUGUCUCCUGAAGUAAGUAUACUAUUAAGGUUAGUGAGUUUGGUAUCAGUUGUGGCUUACAUGACUUGGUUUCUUGCCUUUUCCGGACGUAGUAAAGCAUGAUGCACUUACCGAGUAUGGGGGUUUGGAAGGUCGGAGCCAGAAAGUCGCGCGGCCUUCAUUAAACGUUCCCUUCUUCUCUGGACGUCCAUUCGAUCUGGUUCACGUUGUAAUAAUUGUUUUUUCUCCCGUUCUUUCAUUGAAACCCGCUCGACCUUUAAAGUAAUUUGCAACAGCAGAAAAAUCAAUUAAUUUGAAUAUGGAAUACUUACACCCGGAAAUACAAAUCAAGACCAAUUUGAGAAAGGCUAUGUUACAGAAUCUGAUUCCAGAUUUUAUAGUAUCCUUGACCCAAAUUUGGUAUAUGUAUUGUUUUAGGUAGCAGGAAGAGAGGAAUACGACUCUGCUAUUGAUAUCUGGUCGUAUGGGAUUACUGUAAUCGAAAUGGUAUGUGGAGAGCCGCCUUUUUACGAUGAUGAACCUGUAGUUGCCAUCCAAAGGAUUAAAACAUCACCAUCACCGAAGAUUCCGCCCGAUUUCAAGGUAAUAUUUCUGUAUAAGCUUUUGAUUAACAUCCUUUAAUGCAGUUGGACAGGGACGGGAUUACGUGAUGGACUAGGUUUGAUUGUUUAGUGACCUUUAGAAGGAGUUGGGGACCUUGUAAUCAGCAAUUAAUUGCUUUAACACUUAUACAAAGUGCUAAAAAGUAUAAAAACGUCGUUUUUGGAGCAUUGUAAAAAACAGUUUAGAUUUGUUUACUCUUUUUUUUGUCCGCUCAGCUUUUGUGGUAUAGAAAAGUAAAGAGUGUACGCUGUAAUAGUUUAAAUUGUCACUGGAAAUCUUUGUCAGGGUUCAUUUCCGGCAAAGUCUGCGGGAAAAAGUCUGGACGCUCUUCUCAGCACACUGUCUCUUCGGGCUUCUUACUUUUUAGUAUCAGAAUCUGUUUAAUUGCCCUAAGGAAAGUCUUAUUACUUUCAGAAGAUCACACAAAAGAAAUAAGGGCAGUAUUAAUGACGUCGAACUGAUUUCAGAUAUCGGAUGAGCUUGCUGAUUUCCUCGCUCAGAUGUUGCAUAUUCAGCCCACGGAUCGGUGGCAAGCUUCCCAAUUGUUAGAACAUGAAUUUGUGGACAAAGCCCUUGAAGAUCCCACUCAGAUUGAGCUUUAA